CGUAUCGAUGGCAAUGGCGCACAGUGGCGGUGCAUCGAGCUCAGGGGUGAAACAGCAGGUGGAAUUGGAGAAAGAAAGCGAGCUCCGGAUUGAGGUUGGAAACGAUGCUCCUCUUUGCCUUCGCCUUCUCAAUGGAAAUGCCGAGAUUUUCGGCACUGAGCUUGCACCCGAAAUUUGGCUCAACUUCCCUCCCCGACUCAAAUUCGCUGUUUUUACUUGGUAUGGUGCUACCAUUGAAAUGGAAGGUACUACUGAAACUGAUUAUACUGCUGAUGAGACACCAAUGGUUAGCUAUGUUAAUGUGCAUGCAAUAUUAGAAGCCAGAAGAACUCGUGCUAAAGCUUCAUCCUCUGGUGAUUCUGAAUCUUCUCAGGGGCCUAGAGUGAUUGUUGUAGGACCUACUGACUCCGGAAAGAGUACCUUGUCGAGGAUGCUUCUUAGCUGGGCGGCUAAGCAGGGUUCAAAGCCUACCUUCGUUGACUUGGAUAUUGGACAGGGAUCUAUAACGAUUCCUGGAUGCCUUGCUGCUACUCCAAUUGAAAUGCCCAUUGACCCUGUUGAAGGAAUUACUCUUGAGAUGCCUCUUGUUUACUUUUUUGGCCAUACAACUCCAAGUAACAAUGUAGAAUUGUAUAAAGUGCUAGUCAAGGAACUUGGGGGGAUGCUAGAGAGACAAUUUGCUGGAAAUGCCGAAUCUCGUGCUUCGGGCAUGGUGAUAAAUACCAUGGGGUGGAUAGAGGGAGUAGGCUAUGAUUUGCUAUUGCAUGCAAUUCGUACACUUAAGGCCAAUGUUGUCUUAGUUUUGGGUCAGGAAAAACUGUACAGCAUGCUCAGAGAUGUCCUGAAGGGAGAGCCCAAAGUUGAUGUUGUGAAACUUCAAAGAUCUGGUGGAGUUGUAUCCAGGAAUGUGAAGGUCCGCCAGAAGGCCAGAAGUUUUAGGAUAAGAGAGUACUUCUAUGGCCUUCUUAAUGAUCUCUCUCCACAUUCUAAUAUUGCUAAUUUUAGUGACUUGUGCGUCUAUCGGAUUGGUGGUGGGCCACAGGCUCCUCGCUCAGCCUUACCAAUCGGAGCAGAACCUGUUGCUGACCCAACAAGAGUUGUUCCUGUGAAUAUAAACCGUGAUUUGCUCCACAUGGUCCUUGCAGUCUCAUUUGCCAAGGAACCCGAAGAGAUCAUUUCAAGCAACGUUGCUGGCUUUAUCUACGUAACAGAUGUUGACAUUCAGAGAAAGAAGAUAACUUACCUUGCACCAUCCGCUGGAGAUCUUCCAAGCAAGUUUUUGAUACUGGGAUCCUUGACAUGGCUUGAGACAUGACCUAAUUAACAGUUUUGUUAUAGGAAAAUAUGUAGUGCUGUUGAUAUUUUUUUUUUGAUAUCUUGAUCCGUGAAAUUAUUAGAUGUAAUCUACGACUAUUUUGGGGAGUGCUUAGGAACAAACUUUGUCUUGAGAUUAUUAGAUGUAAUUUACGAUUAUUUUGGGGAGUGCUUAGGAACAAACUUUGUCUUGAGAUUAUUUUGAUUUAUCAAAGCGAUGGUGGAUUGAAGUGGUUAAGAAAAUCAUUGACCAUUGCAUUAAUGGUGAAAAA